AUGACUCAUUUAUCAGCUGAUCGUGUUGAAGUACCUGUUGGUCUUGUAGCACAGUUAAGCUACUAUCAAGAAAGCGCUCGAAAAACAAUCAGUCAAAUGUUAAUGAAUGAUGUGCAGAUGGCAUUCUUCUUAUUGGGAAAUUUUAUUUCAACAAAUAAGAUUCUUUAUGAAUAUGUUGAUGAAUUAACUCCAUUUCUUGUUCAAGCAUUAAAUGAUACGAUUUCUAAAAUACGAUCACAUGCUGUUAAUACACUUGGAUUUUUGCCACGUUAUCGCUUAUCGGAACGAUUAAUUGAACUAAAAGUUCCUGAAAAAUUACUUGAUGUUGCUUGUCAUGAUACACAUGUAACUGUACAAGAAUUUGCAUUACGUGUACUCAAACAAAUGUUAUAUAUUGUCCGGGGAUAA